AUGGAAGAUACGACGCUGGAUGAGAGAACGAAUACACUAACACAUAAACGAGUUAAUACCAAUGGUUUUACUGAAAUUUAUACAUCAUCAAUACAAUAUCCACAACAAAAUUAUAAUAUAACUGUUAAUAGAGUAUUAAAAUGGAAAAUUGAUUUAACAAAUACUAAUGUUAUUCUUGUUGAACCUAAUGAAUCGUUUGGAAAUUGUAAAAAUCAAGUUGUUAUUGAUGUUGUCAAAAUUUGUUCAACUAUGUGA